AUGUCUCGAAGACCAGAGAGGGAGCGAGUCUUCUCCCGCCUGGGGAACCCUUUCCUCCAGAAGAAACUUCCAGAGGCACAACUGCACUCCGGUGCCUACAGUGGCCUCGGCACCGUGAGCUGUGGUGGAGAUGUCAUCUGCGAACCCGGCCCCCUGGAGUCCCCGACCGAAGCAGACAAUUCAGAUCCCGAAUUGGAGGAAGUCUCCGUGGAGGACCUUCUCGCCACUCCCCCUCCGAACAAGGAACCCGGGUGGACUCGCCGUAGGGUUUGGACAGCCCUCCAAGAACAUGGGACGAGUGCAGAGGAUGAGAUCGAAUCCCAGGAUGGCACAUACAAAUACAUGCCGCUCAGUCUGGAACUAAUUGGAAUGGAUAACGACCAGGAACUAGGCCUGGCUUUCAACCAGGGUGAAGACCUGGAAGUGAAUAAAGAGGAUUCGGAGUCAGAGUCUGCAGCGAUGAACUUGGUGGCAGCGGAGCAGGAAGUGUCCCAGUACCCGGGAGGCGAGGACGGCACUGGAAGUGGAGAUGUAGGGAACACAUAUUGCAUGCUGCUCCGGGCCCCGGGCCCUCGACUGGGCGAGAACAUGGAGGCGUACGUGCUGCGGCCCGCGCUCCGGGGCCACACUGUUCAAUGCCGCAUCAACCGGGACAAACACGGCGUAGACAAGGGAAUGUUUCCCUUCUAUUACCUGUACCAAGAGGCAGCGGACGGCCGGAAGCACUUCCUUCUGGCUGGGCGUAAGAGGAAAAGGAGCAAAACCUCUAAUUACCUCAUCUCCUUGGACCCCACAGACCUGUCUCGGGAUGGGGACCACUUUGUGGGCAAAGUCAGAUCCAAUAUCUUGGGCACCAAGUUCACCAUCUUUGACAACGGAGUAAACCCUGACCGGAAGAAUUCCGGCCCGGAGGCUGCUCGGAUCAGAGAGGAGCUGGGGGCUGUGUGUUAUAAGACCAACGUCUUGGGAUUCCGGGGACCCCGGAAGAUGACCGUGAUCAUCCCAGGAUUCGAUGGCCAGAACCGGAGAAUCAAGUUCCAGCCACAAAAUGAACAGGAGUCGUUACUGAGUCGCCUCCAACGGGGAGCCAAUCAGGGGCUGUUACUACUGCAAAACAAAGCCCCAUCAUGGAGCGAAGAGAGCGGCGCCUACGUGCUCAAUUUCCACGGUCGCGUCACUCGGGCUUCGGUGAAGAACUUCCAGAUCGUGCAUCCGGAUGACCCCGAGUACCUGGUGCUUCAGUUCGGCCGCGUGGCCCAAGACUCGUUCACCAUGGACUUCCGCUUCCCGCUUUGUCCGCUCCAAGCUUUCGCCAUCUGCUUGUCCAGCUUUGAUGGGAAGCUGGCGUGUGAGUAA